AUGUCCGAAACCACCUCCGCCGUAAUCGUCACGACAACCCUCAUCGCCUUCAUCACGGGCUUCGGCCUAGGAAUAUACACGAUCCGCGGCUCGCUCAUCUCGCCGGACCUCGCCGCCGAGCGCGCCGCCAACCUGGGCGACCCGGAGGAGAGCGACGAGUCCGACAUCGACGAGGCCGACUCCCUGCUGGACCACGCGCCCAACUGGGCCAACGGCGCCGACGCCGACCGCCGCCAGGGCCUGCGCGCGCGCACGGGUGCGGGUGUGGGUGCGAGUGGGGGAGGGGUGGAGGCUGCUGCCGCGGGGGGUGUGCGGUAUGAUGGCGAGGAGGAGUGCAAGAUGGUGUUGGUGGUGAGGACGGAUUUGGGCAUGACCAAGGGCAAGAUGGCGGCACAAUGCUCGCACGCGACACUCGCAUGCUACAAGGCGCUGGUGCGGACCGCACAGCAGGCGCCGCAGUCGGCCGAGGCGCGGAUCCUGCGGGCGUGGGAGGGCGCGGGGCAGGCCAAGAUCGCGGUGCAGGUCAAGAGCGAGGACGAGCUGCUGGAGCUGAUGGGCAAGGCGCGCGGCCUGGGCGUGACGGCGCGCGUCAUCGCCGACCAAGGGCGCACCCAGAUCGCCGCCGGCAGCAGGACGGUGCUGGGCGUCGGGCCCGCGCCCAAGAGCUUGGUCGACAUGGUCACGGGACAUCUGAAGCUGCUGUAA